GCGCUCCCUUGUUGGGAGUGUUUAUCCUGACGGAGAAGCGGACACAUCGUCAGUGAGUGUCAGGGCGAGGAUCGGCGCGAUGUGGCCCCUCGUACCGCUGCUGCUGCUGCUCGGUCUGCUGCGACCCUGCACCGCCGGAGCCGCGUUCACACAGCGGUGUGACUCAUCCACAGAUGGCAACAUUUACAGAUACCAGGCAAAGACGCUGAACGGGAGCCGCACUGUGAACCUCAGUGAAUACCGGGGCAAGAGCGUCCUGUUUGUCAAUGUGGCCACAUACUGAGGCUUCACCUUCCAGUAUGUGGAACUGAAUGCACUACAUGAAGAGAUGAAACACCUCGGACUCACUGUUCUCGGCUUCCCCAGCAACCAGUUUGGGAAACAGGAGCCCGGGAAAAAACACGAAAUCCUGCCUGGUUUAAAGCAUGUCAGACCAGGCAACGGAUUUGUCCCAAACUUCCUGUUGUUUGAAAAGGGGGAUGUGAAUGGAAAAAACGAGCAAGAGGUCUUCACAUUUCUCAAGAAUUCCUGCCCCCCGGCUGGAGGCGACUUCGGUGACACUGCCAACAGACUGUUCUGGGAGCCAAAGAAGAUCAGCGACAUCAAGUGGAACUUUGAGAAGUUUCUGGUGGGGCCGGACGGGAGGCCCGCGAUGAGGUGGCACCCGAGCGUCAACGUUUCUGCGGUCCGAGCCGACAUUAACAAAUACCUCCAGCGCUACACCCAGGGAUAUUUUAAUUAGAUCUCCUUCGCUUGUAAUGACAACGUAUUGUAUAAGUAGAGUAAAAAUUAGAAUGUAAUACAGAGUAAGGUUAACAGAUUCUGACGCAUGAAGAUGGCAUGUUGAAUGAAGAGGAGGCUUGAAAACAGGAAAUCUGUGGUGCCUCUUCGGAGUCUGGGGCUCAGGCCAGCUCUUCAGUGCAUUCAGGCUGCCCUGCGAUCCCUCAGCAUCAUGUCAUCUUCUCACGCCAGGACCUGUCAGCCAUUACAGCCUGCAUAUCAAUUACUUUGAAUAAAUCCUAGAGAACAACA